UCGCUUGCCUCUCACCUCUCAGUCUGUUUAUUGUUGGAGAGGAAUUUUUAAUCCAACUGAAUUGUGUUCAAGUUCAUCAGCAGUAGAGAUGAAUGCAUUCUGCUGGAGGGCUACCUUCUAAAACAUCAGCAAAGGGGAUGAAUGGAGCCGAUGCUAACGCUCUGGUUUUAUGAGGAGCCGUUUGAAAGAGCAAGGAGGAACCUGAACAAGCCAGCAACAGUCAAAAUAUCUGCAUGAUGGAUUUAUAGCUUGACCAAAGCUAUUUUUAUUAGACGGCUUUAAGAUUUUCUAAUCUGCUUGGAGUUUACUUGACUAUAAUUAAAAUCUGAGACAAGAAAGUGGGAAAACACUCCAGCUGCAGGUUUACCCACAUGGGAUGGAAUGCGUUUAGGAGCAAACACCCACCGAUACAAACAUGGUCGUUCUUUGCUGCUGGUUAAUGGGACGAAACAGUUUUGGUAAUAUAAAAAAAAAAUAAGAAUUUUAUGUAAGUUCUGCUCUCAUUCUGGAUAAUUACCAAGAGAUUUAGUCAAGUAUGAACCGCAAAGAACUUUGAGCACGGAGGAUGAAGAGCAGGAGGACAGUAAUGAGGAGUGUUCUCAGGAUCCUGGGAUGUCUCUGCUGUUGGAUUACGGCUGAGGCUCAAAUGAAGAUCCCACCAGAGACGGUGCAGCAGUGGGCAUCAGUCUUCUCCGUGGAGCUUCAAGACCUUUCAACCAAAUAUUCUGGCUCUCUGCUCCUGCAGAAGAAACUGAAGGAUGUGGAGUCGGUCGUUAAGAUUGUGGAAGUGAGAGGAGACGAUUUGGUCAAGGACUACUCUGAUGACAUCGAGCGGAUGUUGAAAAGUAAGAUGAAGACUGUGAAGCGGUUAGCAGAGUCCGCAGAGGACGCCGACUUGUACCACGAGUUCAACGCUUCUCUGCAGUUCGAUUACCACAACUCCAUGCUAAUCAACACCGUGGACGAAGACGGGAACAACGUGGAUCUAGGUGGAGAGUUUCUCCUGGAAGAGAACGAACAUUUCAACAACCUGCCUGUGAACACUCAGCAGAGCAACAUCCAGGUUCCCACCAACGUCUACAACAAAGAUCCGAACAUCCUCAACGCGAUUUACAUGUCAGAGGCUUUAAAUGACAACUUCAUCAACAACUUCCAGAGAGACCCCACGCUCACCUGGCAGUACUUCGGGAGUUCCUUUGGCUUUUUCAGGAUCUACCCCGGUAUCAAAUGGACUCCUGACUCCAACGGUGUGGUCGCCUUUGACUGCAGGAACAGAAACUGGUACAUCCAGGCAGCCACAUCUCCCAAAGAUAUUGUCAUUAUGGUGGACAUCAGCGGCAGCAUGAAGGGGCUGAAGAUGACCAUUGCCAAACACACCAUCAACACCAUCCUGGACACGCUGGGAGAGAAUGACUUUGUUAAUGUCAUUGCUUACACUGACUAUGUUCGCUACAUCGAGCCGUGCUUCAGAGGAACUCUGGUCCAGGCGGACUUGGAUAACAGAGAGCACUUUAAGGUUUUGGUGGAUGACCUAGAUGUUAAAGGAGAAGCAAAAAUCAAGCAUGCCUUGAAGGAGUCCUUCAAGAUCCUGAAUGAGGUGAGGGUGAAGGGUCAGGGCAGCAUGUGUAAUCAGGCCAUCAUGAUCAUCACAGACGGAGCCAUGGAGGACUUUGAGUCUGUCUUUGAGGAGCUCAACUGGCCUGACCGAAGGGUGCGAGUUUUCACCUACCUCAUUGGCAGAGAGAUGACUUUCGCCCAGAACACCAAGUGGAUCGCUUGCAACAACAAAGGCUACUACACACACAUCUCAACCCUGGCGGAUGUUCAGGAGAACGUCAUGGAGUACCUGCAUGUGCUUAGCCGACCAAUGGUCAUCAACCACGACCAUGACAUCAUCUGGACGGAAGCCUACAUGGACACUGCGCUUCCCAACACAAAGGAGCUCUUUUACACCAAGGCUCAGAGUUUACUGCUGAUGACUACAGUGGCAAUGCCAGUUUUUAGCAAGAAGAAAGAGACGCUGUCUCAUGGGAUUCUGCUUGGCGUGGUCGGUACUGACAUCCCACUCAUGGAGGUGAUGAAGCUGGCGCCAAGAUACAUGCUGGGAGCACAUGGCUAUGCCUUUCUCAUCAACAACAAUGGUUAUAUUCUGGCUCAUCCUGACCUCCGACCUCUGUAUAAAGACGGCACAAAACUGAAGCCAAAGCCCAACUACAACAGUGUGGAUCUGUCUGAAGUGGAGUGGGAAGACGCAGAUGAGAUGGACUUACUGUGAGACAGACAUUGACCCUGCUCACCGAAAAUACUCCCAGCUGCAAGCCGCCAUCCGCUACCUGCUUGGGAAGGAGCCAGACCUAGAGUGUGACGAGGUGUUGCUACAGCAGCUGUUGUUUGAUGCCGUGGUAACUGCCCCACUGGAGGCCUACUGGAACACCUUGUUACUUAAUGACAGGCUGGAACCAGGAGUUGAGACGGCGUUCCUUGGGACUCGUUCCGGCCUGAUGCGCACCAUGAGAUACACGGGAACUGAGACCAGGGUUGCAAAGAAGUUCCUGACGCUCUCUGAUAAAACCAACCUGUUCACCAUUGAUCACUUCCCUCUGUGGUACCGCCUGGCUGUGGAAAACACCCCCGGGAAGUUUUACUACUACCCUGUCAACGACAAAGGAGUGAAGUAUGUUGUAGCGACCACAGCUGUGACGGUAACAUCUGGAGGAAGGACAGCCAUGGCCGGAGCUAUCGGUCUGCAGGUGUCCUUGGACCUGCUGGAGAGAAGGUUCUGGGACAUCGCCAAGCAGCCCAGCGACACAGAUUGCUCAAGCAUUGAAGGUGUGUGUCCUCUCAGCUGUCAGAAUGCUGACCUUAAUUGCUUCUUAGUAGACAACAAUGGCUUCAUUGUGCUGUCCAAAGAGAGGAACGAGGUUAGUCGCUUCUUCGGCGAAGUGGACGGGUCUGUCAUGGCUUCGCUUAUCAAGAUGGGGAUGUUCAAAAAAGUUUCCCUCUUUGACUAUCAGGCGAUGUGUAAAAACAGCCACCAUCACGCCAGCAGUGCUCGACCUCUGCUCAGUCCAUUUUACGCCAUUGUUGCCGUGAUGAGGUGGUUCUUCUCCAAUGCAUUGAUGUUUCUGCUGGACUUUAACCUCUGUGGUCUCUGGCAUUCUGAUUAUUUUGUGGAUGCCAAAGCUGGCUACCACAUGUCUCACAGGCAGAAGAAAGUGGAGGCGAUGCAGCCGUGUGACACUGCGUACCCUGGCUUCAUGUACGAUCCUUCCAUCCGAGAGGCCAACAGCCUCAUCAAGUGUGGACGCUGCCAGAAGAUGUUCGUGGUGCAGCAGGUCCCUGACACUAACCUGGUUUUGGUUGUGACCCAAGCGGAUUGUGACUGCUCUCGUCAGUUUGGACCCAUCCUGCUGGAGCCCAAAGAAAUCAAAUAUAACGCCACUGUGAAGUGCAACAGGAUGAAGUCCCAGAAGGCCCGGCGGCGCCCAGAGUCCUGCCACGCCUACCACCCAAAGGAGGAUGCUAAAGAGUGUGGCAAAGCAUCGUCCACCAGCCUGUCCUUCGUUUUGUUCUCAGCCAAUCUGCUGUUGGUGGUGACCCGUCUCUGCUGGACAUAAACCAGGACUAAUCCCCAAAACAAGAGAACAGAGACGCAGGAAUUAAGGGAUUUGAAGAAAACACUAAUUAAAACAUGUUUUUUGUGUGUGUGUGAGCACAUUUUCUGCAGAUAGAGAUUAGUUUCUGUUUUUCGCAG